AUGGCAGGCCAACAAGCUAAGAUUCAGUGGAUACAGAAGCCUAUACCUCAGGAUGAUUGGCCGAGGGAUAUUUGUUUUAUAGAUACUGAAUCAUUGGACGAUGCUCGGAGAAAACUAGAAGAGGAUGCUUCAUUUGCUUCGAUUUAUUCUUAUCUAUGGACCAAUGUUCCUCGAAUAUUUGAAACUUUCAGCACCAUAGAGUCAAAUUUAAGAGAAUGUUCAUAUCUUUUGACAAAGCAGUCCUCCAAUUUAUUUGAAUGUAACAGAAUGUUUUCCAAGAAAAGUGCAUAUACAAAUCUGGAAAUGUACCGGGCAUUCUUAAAGGACCGCUGUAGGCAGAGGAAAAUAAUGGGUUGCAACUUCUCAGGAUUCAAACCAGACGAACUGACUCAAUUACCCAGACAUUUGGAUGCUAAACAGAUUUAUCUUUUUGUUUUAAGAAACAAUGAUUUUGAGGAAAAUGUAUUUAAAUUCUGGAAAUCCCAUAUUCUCUCAGACUGCUCCGUUGCUCUUUUGCAUGACUCUUUUUGGUGGUGGUUUCUCCAUAAAUUCAAGCCUAACACAAGAGAUCAAGAUUGCUUGUUUGACAGAAUUGCGGAAAAUUACGUAAUGCUUUUCCUGAGAAUACCUCAUAAGAAAAAAGACGCAUUCUUUCAGGUGUACCCGGAUUAUUUGUCACAAGCUAUCUAUGCAGCAUUCCAGGAAUCAUUUCCAGAAUCUAGUAGCCUCUUCAAUAAUGAGUUUAAAGAAGAUCUAGGAAAUACUAUUUUUCUGUGGUUAUCAGGUCUAAAGCCUAAGCCCGGCUUUUACACCCAAUGGAAACUAAAAGAACUCAAUAAAACCACCAUACAUGGCUGCAGGCGAGCAUCAUUGAAAUCGUUGAAAAAGAAGAUCUUUUCCAGCCAGGAGCGCAUAGCAGCCAGUAAGCAAAUUUGACAACUAGAUGUGAAAAGGUAGCCAAAGUUAAGUAUAGUAGGUCAGUUAUUAGUCCUGUUUUUCUAACAAUUCAAUUUUGUGACAGUCCUAGAAUAUCAUUUGAUCUGUAUAUUGCUUCCUUAGGGGUGUGUCUUCAGGCCUUUUCCUGUUCUCCUCCGGAGACACUUUUAUGUCAGUUUUUAGGACUAUAGACCUUUCUCAUUUUAGGCUGUGUGGUUAACCAGGUGGCAGUGUGUCUUGCCAGUAGAGAAGUUUAAUGUUUU